AUGUCCUCCGUCGUCCCCAUGAACCUCCUAAUACGAGAAACCACAGCCACUUCGCUCCCUACAACUACACACCAACCUUGCACAUGGCUAGGGCAUUGCCUUGGGGCGACGUGCUCGACGAACAAUGAUUGCGACAACGAUUGGAUCUGUGUCAACAAAAAGUGCAGCCCUUGCUGCGAAGGCUCUACUGAGACGGUGAGCUCCACAGGGACUGCAACUACAGCUGCGACGACCCAACCCCACCAUGGACUCAGCACUACCACAGCCAUUGCUAUCGGGGUUGCGAUAGUAGUGUUUCUUGCUGUAGGAGUGGGAUUUGGUUUCUGGGUAUUGCGUCUUCGACGACCAAGGCACAAUCCUACUUGGGAAACGCCAGCCAACAAUUCCGCAAGGUUUGAAUCAAGUAUCCCAAGUACUUAUCCAGAGGACCAAAAACGUUUGGUUGGAAAUGAAUCGCCCGCGGAACUAGCUGUCCUUUCAAGACCAAUGGAGCUAUCAUCAAUUGAACUAGUAGAGCUAGAAGGCGAUCCAGGCAGAGAAGGCCAACAGAUUAGCAUCAUGGAUAAACAUCCUCUUACGAUCCCUCCUCAGGUUCAAGCUGGACCACGCCAACGAUCCCCACAUUAUCGGUUUGAGGAAUACCAAGUAUCACCAGAAGUUCACACGCCAGGCCAAUUGAGGUUUUCGCCCGUUUCUAAUCCUUCUCCACACCCGAGCCAUGGAGAUGACAGCAAUCGGAUGUAUCAAGAAAAUACCACUCUGCGAGGGGGGAUCCCUUUCAUGGGUCCCGAGGAGUCGGAUAACGCAUAUACCUUAUUCCGGUGGCCGAGAACGACCGGAAGUCCUCUACCUGAGUCAGCUCGCUGA